AUGGAGGCCGAGGAGACGAUGGAAUGCCUUCAGGAGUUCCCUGAGCAUCAUAAGAUGAUCCUGGACCGAUUGAAUGAGCAGCGAGAGCAGGACCGGUUCACUGACAUCACCCUGAUUGUCGACGGACACCAUUUUAAGGCCCACAAGGCUGUUUUGGCUGCUUGCAGCAAGUUCUUCUACAAAUUUUUUCAAGAGUUUACUCAGGAACCUUUGGUGGAGAUAGAAGGUGUUAGUAAAAUGGCCUUUUGCCUUGAGUUCACAUAUACAGCAAAAUUAAUGAUACAAGGAGAAGAAGAAGCCAAUGAUGUAUGGAAAGCAGCAGAGUUUUUACAAAUGCUAGAAGCUAUCAAAGCCCUUGAAGUCAGGAACAAAGAAAACUCAGCUCCACUAGAGGAAAAUACCACAGGAAAAAGUGAAGCAAAAAAAAGAAAGAUUGCAGAAACUUCAAAUGUUAUCACUGAGUCGUUGCCAUCUGCAGAAUCUGAACCUGUUGAAAUUGAGGUGGAGAUUGCUGAAGGCACAAUCGAAGUGGAAGAUGAAGGCAUCGAAACGUGAGAGGAAGUGGCUGCGGCCAAGCAGUCCAUAAAGUACGUUCAGAGCACAGGUUCGUCUGAUGAUUCCGCUCUGGCACUGUUGGCGGAUAUUACCAGCAAGUACCGUCAAGCUGAUAGAAAAGGGCAGAUUAAAGAUGAAGACGGCUGUGCAUCUGACCCCACAAGCAAACAGGAACACGUGAAAUCACACUCCACUGAGAGUUUCAAGUGUGAAAUAUGCAAUAAAAGAUAUCUUCGGCAGAGCGCAUGGAAACAGCACCUCAGUUGUUACCACCUUGAAGAAGGUGGAGUCAGUAAGAAGCAAAGAACUGGGAAAAAAAUACACAUAUGUCAGUACUGUGAGAAACAGUUUGACCACUUUGGACAUUUUAAAGAACAUCUUCGAAAGCACUCAGGUGAAAAACCUUUUGAAUGUCCAAAUUGUCAUGAACGAUUUGCUAGAAAUAGCACCCUCAAAUGUCACCUGACUGCGUGCCAAACUGGAGUGGGGGCAUAAAAGGGAAGAAAGAAGCUUUAUGAAUGUCAGGUCUGUAACAGUAUGUUUAACAGCUGGGACCAGUUCAAAGAUCACUUGGUAAUACACACUGGAGACAAACCCAGCCAUUGUACUUUGUGUGACUUGUGGUUUAUGCAAGGAAAUGAAUUAAGGAGGCAUCUCAGUGAUACUCAUAAUAUUUCAGAGCGUCUAGUAACUGAAGAAGUUCUUUCAGUAGAAACACGUGUGCAAACUGAACCUGUGACAUCAAUGACUAUUAUAGAACAAGUUGGGAAGGUGCACAUGUUACCAUUGCUUCAGAUUCAUGUGGAUUCAGCACAAGUGACUGUGGAACAGGUCCAUCCAGAUCUGCUUCAGGACAGCCAAAUGCACGAUUCACAUAUGAGUGAGCUUCCAGAGCAGGUCCAGGUAAGUUAUCUAGAAGUGGGUCGGAUUCAGACUGAAGAAGGUACCGAAGUACGUGUAGAGGAGCUGCAUGUCGAACGGGUAAAUCAGAUGCCAGUGGAAGUACAAACUGAGCUUCUAGAAGCCGACUUGGAUCAAGUGACCCCUGAAAUCAUGAACCAAGGGGAGAGAGAGCCUACCCAAGCAGAUGCUGCUGAGGCGGCCAGAGAAGAUCACGAAGAUGCUGAGGGUUUAGACACCAAAUCAACAGUGGAUUCCCAAGCUGAAAAGGCAGGAAAUGAGAACAGAACACCUAUGCCAGUUUUAGAAUGAAAUAACAAAUGAAUAUAUUUUUAAAUUUAUGUGUUGAGUUUUUGAACUGAUGGUGGGCAGUGUGACUGUCCUUAAGCUAACAGACAUGUGGACCAAAGUGAAACUCUUUCCUGUUGUGCUGAACUGUUUCUAUUGAAAGAAACUGAUUUUCCCCCACAUGAUGCCACAGAGGAGGGAUCUUUCUCAUAAGUGAAUGGGAAGCUUUGAGAAGUAUAUUUCUGGAAAACUUAAAUGGAUUAUAUUCUUAUUAUAUAGUUGGGUACGAAUGUAUCUAUUUUCAUUGUGGUAAGGGUUCUCCCUUCUCUCUUUCCUCAGUCACAUCCUUCCUCAAUUUUUUUUUUUAAAUUGUAAAAUCGAAUGUUAAAAUCAUUAGAAUACAAGUUUAUGUAUUCUAAUGCAUGUUAGAAAAUUUGAUUUCAUAGGAAACUCAAGGCUGCACGAAGAAAAGUGCAUUGUUACUGUGCAGUUAAAAUUUUGGCUUCUGGCUUUUUUUAGUUUGAACAACAUUCUUGUCUACCCUGGUAGUCUCAGAUGUCAUCUCUGCAACAG